AUGUUACACGCUAUCGCAAUAAGACUCGAGAAUUUUACUCCAUCAUUGCCAUUUAGUUCACUUCGCAGCCAUACAGUUGGUUGUAUAGCGUCUGUUAGGGGACAUGUUGUCAGGAUUGGACCCUCAAAACCUUUGAUUAUAUCUGCACUCUUUUAUAUUGCUUUUACAAGAAUUGCAAUUCGAAAACGUUUGAAAUACAGAGGCACUGUGUUGAGACUACAAAAUGGCAGAACAUUAGGUAGUAAUGCCAAGAGUGAUAAUGCACACUUGUAUAGGAUCCAGGAGGAAAUUUCGUCUGAAACAACUUGGAAAAACAACAGACCAGCAGAAACAACGGCCAAUUCCUUAUUAGACAUUGAGCUAACUGGUGAUCUUGUUGGUAAUUAUUUUCCUGGAAAUAUCGUAGAAGUUGUUGGAGUUAUAAAGGCCUCGGAGUCACAGAGCGAUUCCGCUUUUUCUCACAAGUUUUUGUACACUAUAUAUAUGGAUGCAGUUUCUAUCAACGUUUUGAACAAAAAGUAUGAAAGUCAUACCUCCAGGGAAUAUAACAACGUAAGUUUUAUACACCUUAUUAGCAUUAUCUACAGAUGCUUGGAAUUAUAUCUGGAACCAAAUCGCUUUUACCUGGCUGCAGCUUCAAUGUUUCCAAAAGUUGUGGGAAGAAAUUACGCCAAAGCUGGACUCUUACUUUCUAUAUUGGGAGGCGUAUCAAUAUAUGAUGAAUGUCGUGCGCUUAAACGAAGAGGAAAUAUACACUGCUUACUCGUGGGUGAUCCCGGUGUGGGUAAGAGUUUGUUUCUGCGAAGUAUAUGCAAUCCUCUUUAUGGAAACUACUUCUUUUCUGGAGGUUCAAUAACAGCAAGUGGACUUACAGCGGCAGUGGUUCGUGAAAGCGGAAGUAAUGAAUUUAACUUGGAAGCUGGUGCUCUUGUAUUAUCAUCUGGAGGAGUCUGUUGCAUUGAUGAAUUAGACAAAGUAUCAGCAAUCGAACAAGAAGCAUUUUUAGAGGUUAUGGAACAGCAGGUUGUAUCUGUUGCGAAGGCUGGCAUAAUUAGCACACUUAAUGCUAGGACUACAGUAAUUUGCGCCUCGAAUCCAAUAAAUGGGAAAUUCAAUAGCAAAAAGUCAUUGUCUGAGAACAUAAAAUUAUCUCAACCCCUUCUGAGUAGAUUUGACCUAAUCUUUGUGAUGGUCGAUAAUCCACUCGGGGACCAUGAUGAAACAAUCUCGAAUCACUUGUUGAAAAGAGUUGGUUCUGCACACAUUUACUAG